UCUUCGUUACAAAACAACGUUCGGCUGAAGCUGCUACCUUGUAGCUCGUUAUGACAUCGGUUAUUACCAGAAAUGCUCUCCUGCGCUGUUUUAUGCGGACAAGGAGGCUGAUAAGCGAACAUCGGACACCUAAAUCACUGUGUUCUGACAGAAGUUGUGCUACUGGAGAAGUCAAGUCACCUAAAAUUUACACCAAAACUGGAGAUAAAGGUUUCUCCAGCACAUUCACUGGAGAAAGGAGGCCAAAGGAAGAUCAUAUUUUCGAAGCUUUGGGAAAUACAGAUGAGUUGUCAUCAGCUAUAGGUUUGGCCCGAGAGUUUUGUCUUGACAAAGGUCACACAUUCACAGAUCAGCUGGAUAAGAUCCAGUGUAUUUUACAAGAUGUGGGCUCCAAUAUUGCUACUCCUCGAUCAUCUGCAAGAGAAAUCCAUAAAAAGAGAACAAAGUUCAGUCCUCAGCCAAUCACUGACCUGGAAACAUGGAUUGAUCAUUUUACAGAGGAACUCCCACCGCUGACCAACUUCAUUUUACCUUCUGGAGGGAAAAGCAGCGCAGCUUUGCACUUAGCUCGGACAGUCUGUCGGAGAGCGGAGCGCAGUGUUGCUCCAAUUGUGCGUUCAGGGGAGGCAGAUCCAGAUGUUGCAAAAUUUCUCAACAGGUUGAGCGACUACCUGUUCACAGUUGCCAGAUACGCAGCCAUGAAGGAAGCCAGAGAGGAGAAGAUCUACAGGAGACCUGAAUAAACUCACCUAUUUAUUCGAA